AUGCACAUACCUAAGUUCGAGAUCCUGGCCGCCGGCCUGGGACUCAUAUCACCCGUCGUUCACGCAGUAACACAGGCCUCACCACAGUACAACUUUAUCUACGGCGCCUGCGGCAAGAUCACGAACUUCGCUUCAGUCUUUCCCUAUGUCACCUCUUACAGACAAGGCGAUGUCAUCGGCUGCCAGAGCGAUUGCAGCUCCUACGGCUCUGCGUUCUCUGCUACGGGAAACGACGGAGGUCAGCAGUGCUGGUGUUCGGAUCCUAACACCCCGAACAGCUCACCGAGUCCUCUUCUCGCAUCGGUGCCAAACCCCAACGCCGCUCUUUGCAACGUUGCUUGCGUCAACAACAAUACAUACGCUUGUGGAGGAACUUAUGGAAGCGAUGUCAUCUAUAACGUCUAUGGGCAGCAGCUCCACAAGGUCUACGACUACCUCUUCCUCGACGUCUUCCACGCGGACUUCGACUUCAACCACCACAAGUGCGGCACCAACCACCACCCUCCAACACAGAGCUCCUCGCUUCCGUUACAGCUACAGAGGGUGCGGUGCCAUUAG